GUAUUUUCGGAGUGGAACAGCCUGACCAGUGGCUACAGCAGUGCACUAACCGUGUCUACUCUGCUGCACAAAAAGCAGGAAGCAGACAGAGCCCCGUGUGCGGUUAGCUCGGAGCUAAAGCUAAAAACACUUUGUUAAAAUGUCCAAAGGCCAAACGCUGAGAGCUUUGGUGAAUGAGCGGCUGACUGCGGCUGCUGAAGAGAUCUUUGCGCUGUUUGAAAGAACGAUAGCGGAGUAUGAGGAGGAACUGUGUCGCUCCAAAGAGGAGAACCAGAGGAAUCAGGACACUCCACAGACUCCACGGAUUAAAGAGGAGCCAGAGGAGCAGAUCAUCAAACAGGAGGAAGACACGCUCCCAGCACAGCUCCCAGUGGACGUCCCAGAGGCCAGUGCUGUCUGUGUGAAGACAGAAGAAUCCUCACUGCUUCAACAUAGACAAACUGACCACAGAGAGGAAACACAGGGAGAGGACAUCAGCACAGAGCCACAUUUACACUCAGAGACUGAGGAACACAUGGAGCACUCCUCUGACACUGACAAUGAUGAAGACUGGAGAGCUCCAUUCAGCUGUUCAGCUGCACAGAUGGAGACAGAGGCUGAUGGAGACCACUGCAACCAAGUCCAGAAAGGCCAAACGCUGAGAGCUUUGGUGAAUGAGCGUCUGACUGCAGCUGCUGAAGAGAUCUUUGCGCUGUUUGAAAGAACGACAGUGGAGUAUGAGGAGGAACUGUGUCGCUCCAAAGAGGAGAACCAGAGGAACCAGGACACUCCACAGACUAAAGAGGAGCCAGAGGAGCAGAGCGUCAAACAGGAGGAAGACACGCUCCCAGCACAGCACCCAGUGGGCGUCCCAGAGUCCAGUGUCUGUGUGAAGACAGAAGAGUCCUCACUGCGUCAUCAUAGACAAACUGAGCACAGAGAGAAAACACAGGGAGAGGAUAUCAGCACAGAGCCACAUUUACACUCAGAGACUCAGGGACACACGGAGCACUCCUCUGACAAUGAUGAAGACUUGAGAGCUCCAUUCAGCUGUUCAGCUGCACAGAUGGAGACGGAUGCUGAUGGAGACCACUGCAACCAAGUCCAGAUCGGAGCCAGAAGCAUCGCUGCACCAAACUCAGGUCUAUCUCUCAAGUACAAGUCUUCACCAGAGACCAGUGCCACUGUGAACUAUGGAGAUAUGUCAGGAACAGCCCAAGGAGCUGACAAGAAACAACACCAUUGCUUUGUGUGUAAGAAGAGGUUUAAGACUGUGUGGAAAUUACAAAGACACAUUAGAGUUCACACCGGAGAGAGACCAUUCAGCUGUUCAACAUGUGAGAAAACAUUUACUACAAAGGCCAAUCGAGAUAAACAUGCAAAGUUACACGUCGGUGUACAGCGUUACAGCUAUUUAACGUGUGAGAAGACUUUUUGUCACAAGGCCAAUGAACAUGAACGUGUAAAGGUACACACCAGUGAACGAUCUUACAGCUGUUCAACAUGUGAGAAGACAUUUACACUUUAUGGUAAUCUAGGGAAACAUAUGAGAGUACACACAGGAGAUAAACCAUUCAGCUGUUCAAUAUGUGAGAAGACAUUUUCUCAAAAGCCCCAUCUGCGUGAACAUGUAAAGAUACACACCGGUGAACGACCUUACAGCUGUUUAACAUGUGAGAAGACAUUUUCUCAAAAGGCCAAUCUACGUGAACAUGUAAAGAUACACACUGGUGAACGACCUUACAGCUGUUUAACAUGUGGGAAGACAUUUACUAUAAAGGGUAAUCUAGAGAAACAUAUGAGAGUACACACAGGAGAUAAACCAUUCAGUUGUGCAAUAUGUGAGAAAACAUUUUCUCAAAAGGCCUAUCUAAAUGAACACAUAAAGAUACACACCGGUGAACGACCUUACAGCUGUUCAGUAUGUGAGAAGACAUUUUCUCAAAAGGCCAAUUUACAUGAACAUGUAAAGAUACACACCGGUGAACGACCUUACAGCUGUUCAACAUGUGAGAAGUCUUUUGCCACAAAGGGUAAUCUAGAUAAACAUGCAAGAACACACACUGGUGAGAAACCUUUCAGUUGUUCAGCAUGUGAGAAGACAUUUGCCUUAAAGUCUAGCCUAUGUAAACACGAGAGAAUUCACACUGGUGAACGACCUUACAGCUGUUCAACAUGUGAGAAAACAUUUACCCAAAAGUGUAAUCUAGAUGCACAUGUGAGAACUCACACAGGGGAAAAGCCAUUCAGUUGUUCAACAUGUGAGAAGACAUUUUGUGAUAAGAGUACUCUUGUUCAACAUCUGAGAACUCACACAGGUGAGAGACCUUACAGCUGUUCUAUCUGUAGUAAAGGGUUUAAACAAAGUGCUAAAUUGAAAAUGCACAUGAGAACUCACAGAACAGAAACUGACUGAAGGCUAAUUGGUUGUGUUCAUGAGAUGUUUUAAUGAGCCUAGAACUGUGUGUUGGAGUUUGCUGCUAACGACUCAAAAUGCAGAUGUUUGGACCUGUCAUCUGAUUAAACCUCCUAGACCUGAUUUUGAAUGACAACAAAAACAGCCCUCUGAGCCACAGCAGCUGCUUCUACACUUUUACGACAUGCUGUGAAGGCCCUUUUCCUGAACAACAAGAAGAACUCAAAUCUACAGAGGCUUUCAAAACAUAAAUUAAACAAAGAAUAAUGAUGAAAACUGUGAUAGAAAAAAAUAAGGCCAUUAAAAUAAGAUAGAAUGUUGAACUUUGAAGAAAUCUGAUAAUAAAUAAACAGUAGAAUAAAAUAGACAGUAUGAACAGCAGACAAGGGGAAGAAACGGCUCCUCUGCAGGUUCACUUUUGAAGGUACAUUAAAGAUUGUAUUUUCAUUGUAAUUUCAACUAUGACCCAAAUAAAUCAUUGGGAUGGUGAUUCUUAAUUACCAAGUUUUUGAGUUUAAAGACACAUUCUGCUGUUUCUUUUGUAUUUAGUUAUAGAUAAAUCCAGCAAAUUACAAUUACUCCUGUUUCUUCCAACCUGUCAGUUGCUGAAGUUUUAUUUAAUAGUUUUUGCAAAUCAUUGUUCAACUGUGACUUUAUUUUGUUCUAUGUGGACAUCAUUUUUCUCACAAUGUAAAAUGAUAUUCAUUUAAAAGAUAUUCAUUCAUCAGGUCCCAAUCACCCAAAUAAUAAAGAGAAAUUAAUAAAGCU